AGACUGAAAGCGGAAGUUACGCUAAAUGUUGUCAUGGCGUCUCACAUGUAAAUGGUCGAGCUUCAAAAAUCUAAUACACAUCUUUAUUUGGAGAUUUGACGGUUUUCAUCAUCUGGCUGCAAAACUGAACCAGGACCAAAAACAAUGAGCACUCAAUACAGCAUCCUCUUCAAGCAAGAACAUGCUCACGAUGAUGCGAUCUGGACAGCAGCGUGGGGUAGAAGUGAGGCGGACGGGACAGAAACUAUUGUCACUGGUUCCUUAGAUGAUAUGGUGAAAGUCUGGAAAUGGUCAGACGAGAAGCUGGAGCUGCAGUGGACUCUGGAGGGCCACCAGCUGGGCGUGGUGUCAGUGGACAUCAGUCACAACGGAGCCAUCGCCGCCUCCAGCUCCCUCGACGCUCACAUCCGCCUCUGGGACCUGGAGUCGGGAAAACAGAUCAAGUCCAUGGAUGCUGGACCAGUCGACGCUUGGUCGGUCGCCUUCUCCCCGGACUCCAAACACAUCGCCACAGGAAGCCAUCACGGCAAGGUCAACAUCUUUGGUGUGGAAAGCGGCAAGAAGGAAUAUUCCCUGGACACCCGAGGAAAAUUCAUCCUCAGUAUAGCUUACAGCCCUGACGGUAAAUAUUUGGCCAGUGGAGCUAUCGAUGGAAUCAUUAACAUCUUUGACAUCGCCACAGGGAAGCUGCUCCACACACUGGAAGGUCAUGCCAUGCCCAUCAGAUCUCUCACCUUCUCCCCCGACUCCCAGCUGCUUGUCACCGCCUCUGACGACGGUUACAUCAAAAUAUACGAUGUGCAACAUGCUAACCUGGCUGGCACCCUGAGUGGACAUGGAUCCUGGGUUCUUAACGUCUCCUUCUCCCCAGAUAACACCCACUUUGUCUCAAGCUCGUCGGACAAGAGUGUGAAGGUGUGGGACGCCAGCUCCAGAGCCUGCAUCAACACUUUCUUCGACCAUCAGGACCAGGUGUGGAGCGUGAAGUACAACAGCAACGGCUCAAAGAUCAUCUCGGCUGGAGACGACCGCGCCAUCCACAUCUACGACUGUCCCAUGUGAUGGAGCAGGCUACAAGAGGAUCCACGCUUUAGAGCUGCUGAGUCAGAUCGUGCAGUUGAAGUUAAUGAUCAGAGGGUGGGAGGGGUUAAAAAUGUAAAUGUGGUAGAUUUUUUGCACCUGGCCCAGAAAGGUCAAAUAAAGGGGUUGUUUUUUUUAA